AUGGCAUUCCUCUUCAUUAAGCAGAAGCUUUUCCCUACAAACGAUGCGGACAAAAUACGAUCAGGCAAGCGCCUCCUCGCCCGCAUUGACGACGAUGAUACCAUCCGCGGAGACUCCGAUCAAGAUCUCGAGUCCCAAAGCACCCGCUCCUACGAUACCUUCGGACGGUGCAACAGCCCGGACGAAUCAACAUCAACCACCGCCAGCAACUCCAGCACUCGCGUGCGCAUCAACCCGCGUAUCGUCUCAGAUGCCAUUCUCGGCCUCUCAGACGGGCUGACCGUACCCUUCGCCCUGAGCGCCGGUCUAUCCGCACUCGGAAACACAAAAGUGGUUGUGCUGGGUGGACUCGCUGAGCUGGCAGCCGGAGCCAUCUCAAUGGGGCUUGGUGGAUACGUCGGCGCAAAGAGUGAAGCACGGAUUCACAAGAGACUCGCGCCAUGGUGUGCGAGACCUUUUUCUCCGUACGGGCUGUCAGACUCGGCGGUUGCGGAUAUCACGCGUGACUUGCAUGCGUCUCAAGACCGCCUGCUUGAGUUCCUGAUUACUUUCUAUCAUCGUGAGACGGCCCCUGACUGUAACCAAGCGUGGACUUCGGCCAUCACUCUCGCGCUGGGUUAUUUUAUUGGCGGAUUUAUUCCGCUUAUCCCGUACUUCAUUGUUUCGCAGGUUAUGACAGCGCUGUACUGGAGUAUUGGUGUUAUGGCGAUUACCCUGCUUGUGUUUGGGUAUGUUAAGACCUGUGUUGUGCGAGGCUGGUCUGGCCGGGCCAAUGUGCUGGCUGCGAUCUGGGGUGGAGUGCAGAUGUGUUGUGUCGGAGGUGUCGCUGCUGGCGCGGCGAUUGGAUUGGUUCGAUUCAUUGACAUGGGCAGUACUUGA